AUGUCAGCCCGGGAGCGGGCACCCCAGGGAGAAGGGCCUGGCUUGGCUGGGACAGCCUCCCCCUGCAAUGGGCCCAGGGGCGCAGCCAUGCCCCCUCUCUCCGUCCCUCCCCUUCUCCCCCCCCGUUCCCAUAGCAGCCGCCGGCCGCUCCGCCCCCCCGCCAUGGCCGCGGCCGCCGCGCGCUCCCUCUCCGGGCCCGGCCGCCGGGCGCUGCCGCUGGUGGUGAUCCUGGGCGCCACGGGCACCGGCAAGUCCGAGCUGGCGCUGCAGCUGGGCCUGCGGCUGGGCGGCGAGAUCGUGGGCGCCGACUCCAUGCAGGUGUACAAGGGGCUGGACAUCAUCACAAACAAGAUCUCUCCCCGGGAGCAGGCUUUGUGCAGACACCACAUGAUCAGCUUUGUGGAUCCCUUGGUCUCUAACUACACUGUGGUGGACUUCCGGAACAAAGCAGCCGCCCUGAUUGAAGAUAUAUUUGCUCAGGAGAAGAUCCCAAUUGUUGUGGGAGGCACCAACUAUUACAUCGAGUCCCUGCUCUGGAAGGUCCUUGUCGAUACCAAGGAGAAGACCAGCCCUUCCCCUGGGCGAACAGCUGACCGGAGGGUGGAACUGGAGCAGCUGGAUGGCUGCGAGCUCCAUUGCCGGCUGAGCCAAGUGGACCCGGAAAUGGCUGCCAAGCUGCAUCCCCACGACAAGCGCAAAGUGGCCAGGAGCCUGCAAGUAUUUGAAGAAACUGGGAUCCCCCAUAGCGAGUUCCUGCAUCGGCAGCGAGAGGAGGAAGGUGGGGGCCCAUUGGGGGGGCCUCUGAAGUACCCAAACUCCUGUAUCCUGUGGCUUUAUGCAGACCAGGCAGCUCUAGAUGAGCGGCUGGACAAGCGAGUGGAUGACAUGGUGGCAGCGGGGCUCCUGGAGGAGCUGCGGGACUUCCACCGGCGUUACAACGAGGAGAAGGUGGCUGAGAACUGCCAGGAUUAUCAGCACGGCAUUUUCCAGUCGAUUGGCUUCAAGGAGUUCCAUGAGUACCUUACGACAGAGGGGAAGUGCCCAGAGGAGACCAGCACCUUGCUGCUGGAGAAAGGGAUCCAGGCCCUGAAACUAGUGACGAAGAGAUACGCCCGGAAGCAGAACAAGUGGGUCCGAAACCGCUUCUUGAGACGCCCUGGACCCAGUGUGCCCCCAGUGUAUGGUUUGGAGGUGUCUGAUCUCUCCCAGUGGGAGGAGAAUGUGUUGAAACCUGCCCUUCAGAUUGUGGAGAGCUUCAUCCAGGGGCGGCAGCCAUCGGCAGACCCUGUAAAGAUGGAGAGCGAGAUAAAUGAGGACAAACGGAGUCAUCACAUGUGUGAGCUCUGCAACAGAGUCAUCAUUGGGGACAGAGAAUGGACAGCUCACACAAAGUCGAAGUCCCAUCUGCACCACCUGAAGAAAAGAUGGAAGCUGCACUCAAAGCUCAGUGCUGUGGAAAGCCGAGUUAAUGUCACAGAGACUCAAGGAGUCAGUGAAGGGACAGAGAACUUGGGACAGGACAGAAACUAGGCUCAGUUCUGCAUCUGCCAACCAGCUGGGGAGCCGGGUCAGCAGCUGUUCUAUCCCCGAUGGAAUCGAGAUUGAAUGGAGCAGAGCGCAGGAAGGAUCUGGGGAUAAGCUGGGUGUCUUGCUUUCAGCAUCCUGCUGUAGGCAAGAGCGUAUCCUCUUCACCUGGCAUGAAUGGGGCGAGGAUCCCCAAACUUCUCCAGCCCAGCCUGAAAACUGCUGAACCUCCAAGCAAGCUCAUCAGGAGCAACCGAGCUGAUUGUGUUUUUAAUUCUAGGCAGUGACCCAGCAUCCCAGCCUUGGGGUUUGAUCUAGUUUGCUGGCAUUUGAGUGAGGUGUCUCAGGGACAGAAAUAACUGUGUUCGUACCAGCCUUGGCCAAAAGAUUAGAGCCACAUACUAGGGAAUUCUCACUGCUUUGAUUUAUUUUUUAUGGAGCCUUUUUUUUUUUUUACAUCUAAAUAAAGUAGAAACGUUGGCGCUCUC